AUGCUGUUCGACGGCAUACCGAUGAUUUACCAAGGGCAAGAACAACAUUUCUCAGGUGCCAAUGACCCGGAGAACCGCGAAGCCUUAUGGUUAUCAGGCUACGACACCAAGGCUCCGCUUUACCAACUAGCCACGGAACUGAACAGGAUCCGCAAGCAUGCAGCCCAAAUCGAUCCAGCAUAUGUAGACUCACAGACCUUCCCCAUCUACACAGGGUCUAGCGAGAUGGGCUUCCGCAAAGGCGUCGAGGGCCGGCAACUCGUGAUGGUCUUGUCAACUCAAGGUACGGACAGCGGCAAAUAUGAGCUGGACAUGCCAAUAGGCUACGAACCUGGAUUUGUGGUCAUGGAUGUGCUCAAUUGCGCCAACUACUCGGUUAACGACAUGGGUCUUCUCAAGGUCAGUAUGGAUAAGGGCGAGCCUCGGGUCCUUUUUCCCGCCGACAUGAUGGAAGGAAGUGGUCUAUGCGGAUUUGGAAGGUCGAAUGGAACGACAUAUCUUAAUCUGAAGAAGAAUACGAUGCAGUCCUCGGGUGGCAGGCUCUCGAAUCGGCCUACCUUGAGCCUACUGUUAAUCGGUUGUUUGACUUACUUGAUGUUAUGGUGUUGUGUCCUAUUACAUCCUUUCGAAGUGACUUUGAAGACAUUUGUUAUAUGA